AUGGGGAAGUCUUCUGUUGUUAUUUACAAUGUCUCCAAGCAGCAGUAUCCCCCUACUUUCAAAAUAUUUUUCUUUUUGUUACCCAUAAGUUUAGCCAUUACUACCUUUCUACUCAUUUUCAUUUACAUAUACACAACCUCAAGGGUCUUCGCAAAUCCCCAAGCUAGUCCUUUCCUAGAACCUGCAACAAAUUUAUCUUUAUUUGAUCUGAUAAUCCCUGUUUCAACUGACAAUGAGGAGACUAUACCAUUUUCAAUCGACAACACCGCUGAAGAUUUAUUUUUUGAUCUUCCGCGAACUGCCAGUUACGCAAAGCAGAGCCAAUGGUCCGUAGGACUAGGAGAUCUGUUUGGCUCCGGUGGAAACAAUAUGAAUAACACAGAGAUAUAUCAUGAUACUGAUAUCUUUCUGGAAGACUAUAAGGAAAUGAAUAAGAGCUUAAAGAUAUUCGUUUACCCCCAUAAGCCGGAUGACCCCUUUGCGAACGUGCUCUUGCCUGUGGAUUUUGAUCCUAAGGGUCAUUAUGCCAGUGAACUUUACUUCAAAAAGGCUCUUGUCAACAGCCACUUUAUAACAAAGGAUCCGAACGAGGCAGAUCUUUUCUAUAUGCCUUUCUCCAUUGCUGAUCUGCGCCACGAUCCUAGAAUUGGCCCUGAAGGACUGCAAGAUUUCAUCAAAGAUUACAUCGUCAAUAUCAGUCAUCAGUACCCCUACUGGAAUCGAACUGGAGGAGCUGAUCAUUUCUAUGUUGCUUGUCAUUCCAUUGGCAGAAUAGCCAUGGAUAAAGCCGUUGAUGCCAAAGAAAAUUCCAUUCAAGUUGUUUGCUCUUCAACAUAUUUUGUAGCAGGGUACUUUCCUCACAAAGAUGUUUCUAUGCCACAAAUUUGGCCUAAAGAACAAGAUCCAAAAAAACUUGUUUCAUCAAAAAGGAACCAACUAGCUUUCUUUGCCGGACAAGUUAACUCCCCGGUACGCGCAGCUCUUUUAAAACACUGGAGAAAUGACACUGAAAUAUUUGCUCAUUUCGGACGACUUGAAACAGAUGAUGGUGAGGAGCAACUUAGAAGCAAGUUCUGCCUCCAUGUCAAAGGCUUUGAAGUUAACACAGCAAGAGUAACAGAUGCAAUACAUUAUGGUUGUGUUCCCGUUAUCCUUGCUAAUCACUAUGACCUGCCAUUUGCUGAUAUUCUCAACUGGAAGAGCUUCUCAGUCGUUGUACAUUACAUGGACAUCCCAGUGUUGAAAAAAAUCCUUCAAGGAAUAAGCUUGGAAGAAUACUUAUGGUUGCAAAGCAAUGUAUUGAAGGUGAGGAAACAUUUCAAAUGGAAUGUUCCACCAGUUGAUUAUGAUGCAUUUUACAUGGCUAUGUAUGAGCUGUGGCUUAGGAGAAGUUCUGUCAGGGUUCGGCUAAGUGCUUCCAAGGAAUAUAUAUAAAGAUUCAGAGCUCUCAACAAUUUUUUCCCACUUUUUAUUUG